AUGUCAGUUAUCGCUGACAUUCACAAAAGUGCUCCCAAUCCGCCAUUUCGCUUAGGUGUCACUAUAUUAGUGCUUAUUUUCAUAGUGGUUCCACUGUAUUACAUCUCUGACUGGAUCCGCAAUGUCUACUUCCAUCCUCUCUCGAAGUUCCCCGGCCCAAAGCACAUGGCAGCAAGUCGCUCGUCUUACUUAUACACAUUUAUCACCGGUCGCGCUAUUGCAAGUGCAAAGGAGCUUCAUGAUCAAUACGGUCCUGUAGUUCGAGUCGGCCCAGGAGAACUCCAGUUCAUCGAUGCCGAAGCCUGGAAGUCAAUCUACGGUUUCCGACAAGGUCACCAGCAAAAACAAAAGGACGCUCGAUUUUAUGCACCUCCCCUCGAUGGGUGUCCCAGUAUCAUUACAUCUAACGAUGCCGAUCACGCCCGUCAACGUCGCGCGCUGUCGCACGCCUUCUCCGAUAAAUCUUUGCACUCUCAAGAGCCUAUUAUGAAGAAAUAUAGUGACCUUCUGAUGCGACGUUUGUAUGAACGCUGUGACAGUCCUGUUGAUAUUGUUUCCUGGUAUAACUUUACCACUUUUGAUUUGAUCGGAGACAUGACAUUCGGUGAACCCUUUGGAUGCCUUGAGAACGGCAAGUAUCAUCCAUGGGUUAGCGUGAUCUUCGAUAACUUGAAGUCGGGUGCCUAUAUGGCUGUCAUCAAGCGUAUUCCUGGCAUCAACCAUCUCCUGCGACAUGUCACUCCGAAAAGGCUGAUUGAAGCUAAAAUGAAUCAUAUGAGAUGGACUCGUCAGAGGGUUGAUGCCAGACUAGAGAAGUCUAACGAUCGUCCCGAUUUCUUUGCCGAUAUCCUCAAGCAUAAAGAUACAAGCAGGGCGUUCAGCCUUUCGGAGCUCUACUCAACUGGUAACACUAUGAUUGUUGCUGGGUCGGAAACAACUGCCACCCUUCUCUCGGGGGCAACAUACUUUACGUUAAUGAACCCAAGCAUCUGGGCCAGACUCAGAGAUGAGAUUCGAGGCGCUUUCAACUCAGAGGAUGAAAUCACCAUUGAUCGUGUCAGCAAGCUGGAGUACCUCGGUGCUAUCCUAACUGAGACUUUGCGAAUCUAUCCUCCUGUCCCCGGUAGCCUACCUCGCCUUGUUGGCGAUCAAGGUGACAUGAUUGCUGGUAACUGGGUUCCACCAAACACAAUUGUCUCUGUCCAUCAAGCCGCUGCCUAUCUCUCUGAGUAUAACUUCAAGCAUGCCACAGACUUCAUCCCUGAGCGCCACCUCAAUGAUCCCCGCUUUGCAAGCGAUAACAAGGAUGCAUUGCAGCCCUUCAGUGUUGGUCCAAGAAACUGUAUCGGUCGCAACCUUGCGUACGUUGAGAUGCGCCUAGUUUUCUCUCGGCUUGUCUACAAUUUCGACAUGGAGCUGACCGAUCCUAACUGCAAUUGGCAUAAGCAAAAGUCUUAUAUCUUCUGGGAGAAGCCUCCACUUAAGCUUAACCUGACUCCACGGGCUGGAGUCAAGUCCAUGUAA